GGCAGUGAACAGCGGAACGGAACGUCAUUUUCGGAUUGCUCCUCAUUUUAUGAAGAAUCUGACAAAAGAGUAUCCUUUUUUGAUUAUUAAACCAGUUUAUUAUUCGCUAUUCAUCUAAAAACUUUUUACAAUCCAUUGUCAUUGUAUGAUUGAGGAUUUCUAGACGCUCACCCAGAUCCUGCAAUAGAAAGUGGCAGAGGAAUCUACAGGUCUCUUUUGGGUUUUAUUCAUGGUGAAGCUGCGACGUAUAUCGAGUGAAUGAGUGAGAGCGUGUCCAAGACAGCUAUCCCAGAGAAUACCGAAUAUGAGAACUCGAACCAGGGUUAUAUUGCAUUCUCUAUUACUGUUGGUUUUAGUAGUGCAGGUGAGCAGGCCAGUAUGUGUGGAUGUGCCCUCCGAAACAGAGGCGGUUGUUGGGAACCCCAUGAAACUGACCUGCAUCUCCUGUAUGAAGAGAGAGGAGGUCAGUGCGGAGACACGCGUGGACUGGUACUACAUCCCACCUGACGAAGAACCCAUCCCUAUCUACCUGUUUGAUGGACAACCCAGGGAGCUGGAGGGGCCUUGGAGGGGUCGCCUGGUGUGGAAUGGAAGUAAAGACCUGCAGGAACUCUCCAUCCGUAUCCUCAACGUCACAAUGAACGACACGGGCACCUACAAGUGUGUGGUCUUCCGACAGUUUGAGUUUGACUGCUACUCUCCCUCGGUUACCAACAGCCUGGUCAUCAACCUGGUGGUCAGAGAGGAAGCCAGUGACGACACCACUGCCCUGUACUCGGAGAUCAUGAUGUACGUCCUGCUGGUCUUCCUCACCUGCUGGCUCCUGGUGGAGAUGGUAUACUGCUACAGGAAGAUCUCCAAGUCAGACGAGCAGGCCCAGGACCCCGCGACAAACUACCUAGCCAUUCCCUCAGAAAAUAAAGAGAACCUGGGUGUUCCAGUUACAGAAUAAAAGUGACUGUCUCACACCAAUACGGUACUGACCAAUGGUGUAUCAAGCAGUUCAUAGUCACCUGACGAUACAGACUGAACUCUUUGAAGGGAACUUUCAGUAAAGAUGUCGCAACGCCUCUCAGCAACCAGGAAACCUGCCAAGUGGAGUCCCCUUUGUCUUGGUCUUGUGGUGUGAGCUAGCCAAAUACUUGAAUGCUCAAGUAUACUCUCCCUUCUUAUUUCACUCUGAACCACUAUGUGCCAGACAGCAGUGAUUUGAUGAUUAGUAAGUUGUUUAUGACUUUUGAAUGUCACCCACAGAAACAAAAUUGAACCGACUGUUGCAGAGGAUCAACCAAUUGCUUUCAAAGCAAACUACUUAUACUUUUAAAUGUGUGAAAUGUUGUUCAAAUGGUACACUGCACAUCAUUGGGUGCACAUAAAAGCUUCUGGUACGUUAUUUUCAGUUCAUUUUUACUCUCCUGAUAGAAAAUGACGAGAUCAUGGGUCAAGGUUUUGCUCUUAUAUGACCGGUGUCCCGUCGUUAUCUUUUUACAGAAAUUGGAUUGCAUAGCUUGUCAGGUUUACUUCACUCAAGUUGUUUGGUCAAAUGAGAUGUUUCAUGCACAGUAUGACUGUGGUUUAUGAUAUGAACACUGAGUCCUCUCGCUGGUUCUUAGUGUGACUCCAAGGCUCCAUUUGGCCUUCUACGUCAGAAGCUCCUCUUUAAGUUCAAUUCUCUUCCACGAAAGGACCUGGCUUGAGAAGACGUUGUGCAUUUGGAUCUUAGAGAGUGACUAGGCUAUUUUACAAAAGAAGAAGAAGGAAACAAAUGGAACAAAGUCACAGUCAUUGGUACCAGAGAUUCCUAUAUCUUUUGCUCACAUCAACAAUAUGGCUUUUUUACUCAGUGUUUUGUGAGAUAUAAAGCUUAUUCAAUGGCAUCUUAUUAAGACAUUCAAAACAAUGAUGCUGCAUAAUACAACUACUGUACACACCAAUAGCCAAAUACUUGAUCAUUCUAAACCAUGCUAAACCAUAUACUGGCUGGUGAGAUUGUUGUUUUUUAAUAUACAGUAGAAUUGCUAUUGAGACUCAUAUGUGCCUACUUCUAUAAUGUAUGAAUUGUGUACAAUCAUACUAUAUACAGUGCA